CUACUUUCUCCAUCAUACAGAUGAAAAACAGCUCAAUUAGGCCAAGUGAUUUAACAUCACUGGGUACUGUCCGUAAGAACUGGGAUGUGAAUCUAGGUUUACCAACAUCCAGUACAGUAUGCUUCUCUUUGAAUGGUUCAGAGACAAGAUUCCUGAAUUUGAAGCCAUUGUGUCUAAAAGAAUCUGUAGGAUAGCUUUUUUAAUGGCUUAACCAAAGCCAUUUCUGUUUCUGGUUUGUUUGAGGUACUCUGUUGGGCCAUCUGCAAGAAACAUGACAGUGCAAGGGCGUUAGAAUAGGAUUAGACGGUGAGAGGUGCAUGCCGGUUGGACAUAUUCAAUAAGUAGUUGAGGCAAAUUCCUACAGGCCUAGAAACUGGCCAGGCUCUGCAGCACAUUCCUACCCAGGGGUCAGCACACAGGACAGAGAAGUUCAGGAGACAAAUACUCAGAUGGUCUCACGUGAGCUUGCAGUAGAGUCGGGCUGUCAAUGUCCUGACAGUGCCCACCUUCACUGGUGUGUUCUCUUGCCUCUGUUUCCUGUUGUACAGAUUAGGAGUGAUACCUAUUUAUCUGCCUCAUAGGUGACCUAUAGGAAUUCACAUCUAUAAGAUGCUCUGAACCUUUCAGAGAAGAAGUGCUGUGUAUGUCAUUCUUAAGAAUCAGCAAGAGCCAUAUCAAAGCCUCUGGCGCAUAACCACUAAAAUCUACAGUUUCGGAUCAAAAGCUUUGUGGAGAAAACUAGAGUGAUUUGCAGGCAUCAUCUGACUUCCUGAUAAAGAGCUCUGUGACCUCCAACAUUUAUGCAAUUCUGACACAGCUGCCACAUUGCUUACAAUGCGUGGCUCCUCCUGAGGGAUAAAGCAAGGAUUAAACACCAUGAGUGGCUCUAUCUUGAUAAUAAUAAUGGACUUCAAUAGCAACCGUACUGACACCUAGGUUUGAGUCCCCCAACUGGUACCAACAGGCUAGUGAACCCAACCAAGCUGUUUGUUGCUUACCAGGCAUGACUCUCACUGGUCUCAUUGGGAUAAUUAAUGCUAGCUCUACCUACCUGGUGAGAGAGUUGUGAGAAUCCAGUAUUCAAAGAUGUGAAGGUGUGUUCUAACACACUCUAAGAACAUAAGAAAAUAUAGUGAUUUGUUAGACAUAUGGAAAUGAUUGCUGAAUCAUAUCACCUAAAGAUACAGGGACUUUAAAGCUUUGAUAAUGAAAGCUAGAAGUGACUCAGUGCAUUUGAUACUGAAGAGGAAAGAGGAAACACACAGAAGGAAUUUCCUUAAGAAAUCAAAGGAAGUGAUUGGAAGGCUUGGGAAGCUAAGAACCCUCUGAUCUAAGUCAAGUCCCUGCUCCUGGUGAUGUUGGGGCUCACCUUCCUGAGGGAGGUCGCAGCUUGGAAAAACCCCAAAGCAGGGGAUGCCGCCCUGUGCCCUCCUCUGGAGGAUAACAGUGUGAGGGUUGACAUCCGCAUCCUCAGGCAAAACCGGGGUAUCUCCAUCUCAAAUUUCCAGAACCGCUCCAUCUCCCCCUGGGACUACAACAUCACGCAGGACCCCCACCGGUUCCCCUCGGAGAUUGCGGAGGCCCAGUGCCGGUACUCGGGCUGCGUCAAUGCCGAGGGGCAGGAAGACAGCUCCCUGAAUUCAGUUCCCAUCCAGCAGGAGUUCCUGGUCCUGCGGAGGGAGCCCCGGGGCUGCUCUCGCUCCUUCCGGCUGGAGAAAGUGCUGGUGACGGUGGGCUGCACCUGCGUCACCCCCAUCGUGCGCUCUCUGAGCGCCUGAACGGCCGCCGGCUGAAGCAGCCCUGAAAUGCUAGUCCUUACCCAGCGCUCUGCAGCAAGUCCUCUGUGGUUCCAAUCCUCGCCACUUCGUCAGCCUCUAGAUAAGACCUGCGCGGAGUUCUCAAAGCUCUGUCUUACAUAUAGUGUCAACUUUUGGGGGCGCUUCUGAAUCAGAAUCUGGUCCUGAGCUGUUCUGCGGCCCCAGCCCCUUGUAAACGGAGGCAGGAGAAGGAAGGAUGCUUGUUUGUGCAUCCUAGCCCUGCCAUCACUGUGACUCGGUGCGGUUCCCCGGGGAAUUCUGUUGGUAAAUUCUGUUCUGUGGGGAUGAAAAUGCAGAAAACGUAACCACGAUAUGAGCGUGUGGGAGGGGCUGUGCGGGGCGCGGUGGCAUGGGAGGGAUGCGGUAAGGAUCUAGCACACAUGUUUAUUAAGAUUUGCUACAUAGAGAGGCUGGCUUCACGCUCCUAUUUGUAAGGAAACUGUCCAUCUAUUUAUGAUAUUAUAUAAAAUUU